CAGUUUCCGGAAAACACCGCAAGUCUCGUGUGUCUGCCUUCAAAAUAAAAGUGGUCAAAUGACGUAGCCACGAUCCUCCAACGUCACAGGUUUCGGAUCCUGUGUCGCGUCUUCAGGUGCAUCACGCUGCGUCACGCUAUGUCACGGUGAGUGUGGAACCUCUGCGGAAGCUGCACGUGUCCUCUUCCUCUGAAGGGCACGCCGGAAAUGUGGUCCCUUAUUGUGUUGGACUUGACGGCGUGACAUCCGGUAGAGACGGAGCAACACGGACAUCUGGACUUGGUCGGUCCACAGACAGUCGGCCCCCCUCCUUCCCCGGGCCGGACCGGGUCUGAUAGGGGACAGCAUGGCGGAGGGGACCCGGGUCAUCUACCACCUGGAGGACCAGGAGACCCCGUACCUGAUCCGGAUCAACGUGCCCGCGCAGCGCGUCACCCUGGCGGACUUCAAACAGGUCCUGAACAAACCGAACGUGAAAUUCUUCUUCAAGUCCGAGGACGACGACUUCGGGGUGGUGAAAGAGGAGAUCAAUGAUGAUGACGUCAGGCUGCCCUGUGUGAACGGACGAGUCGUGUGCUGGGUCGUGUCCUCCGACGCCUGUCAGUCAGAUGUCCAGUCGGUGACCACGCCCCCCGACCUGGCCCCGCCCCCCACAGAGAGGCCAGGUGGAAUUGGAGACUCCAGACCUCCGUCGUUCCACGCUGCAGCCUGCGGAGGCCACGCCCCCUCUCGGGCGUCAGAAAGGAGAGAGAGAGACGCCAGCCACCGAGGUGAACAUCUGAAUGGCCACGCCCAGCCACCAGCUGAUCAGAAUGGGGCGGGGCCAACAGGUGGAGGUGACAGCUCGUCGACUCGACAGAGCAGCGAGUUGGAGACGACCAGUUUCUGCUCAUCUGAGGAAGACUCAGGAGGAAGGUUCAGCCAGUCGACGGAGCCGAGCAUCUCCUCGCCACGACUCGUCAGGCGCCAACGCCGCCGCCACCGGAAACCCAAGAGCCAGCAGAUGGAGAGGUCUGUGUCCCUCAGCAGUGUCACUGACUCCACCAUGUCUCUCAACAUCGUCUCUGUCUCUCUGAACAUGGAGAGGUAUAACUUCCUGGGGAUCAGUAUCGUUGGUCAGAGUAACGACAGAGGAGAUGGAGGAAUUUAUAUCGGCUCCAUCAUGAAGGGAGGAGCAGUGGCAGCAGACGGACGCAUCGAGCCUGGAGACAUGUUACUGCAGGUGAACGACGUCAACUUUGAAAACAUGAGUAAUGACGACGCUGUACGAGUCCUGAGAGACGUCGUCCACAAACCAGGUGACGUGACGUUGACCGUGGCGAAGUGUUGGGAUCCGAACCCUCGGAGUUGCUUUACGUUGACGAGAAGUGAACCGGUGCGUCCCAUCGACCCCGCCGCCUGGGUGUCUCACACCGCCGCCAUGACAGGCAGCCUCCUCCCACACUACGGUGUCCAAGAGUACCGCCCCCUCACCAUCCACAGUGACAUAUCAGCUAUUGUCCGGGCGAUGGCCAAUCCCGAGUCAGGCCUGGAGGUUCGGGACAGGAUGUGGUUAAAGAUCACGAUCCCCAACGCCUUCAUCGUUCACAUCAUGAAGCCAAAUCCUCCUGAUCGCCCCCUGGUGUCUGGCUGCAGUACAGGUUCGGACGUGGUCGACUGGCUCCACCGCAGCGUUGACGGUUUCUCCGACCGCCGCGAUGCCCGAAAGUUUGCAGGGAACCUUCUGAGGGACGGACACAUCCGCCACACGGUCAACAAGGUCACGUUCUCCGAGCAGUGCUACUACGUGUUCGCAGACGUGUGUGGAGGUGUGGGAGUGAUGUCGCUGCUCGAUCAUGAGGGAGGAGGAUCAGACUCUGAGCCCCAGUGGCCCCCAUCCUUCCCCUACCAGUACCCUGUCCCCGUCCCCGUCCCCGUCCCCGUCCCCCUCCGGCAGCUGCCGCCCCGGGCAGGAGGAGGAGGAGGAGGAGGAAGAGGAAGUCAGCACAGUGAAGGAAGUCGCAGCAGCGAAUCAAACUGUAGCGAUGGUCCAAAGGUGGAAGGAGGAGGAGCCGGCCAAUCAGAGACUACCAAACACCUUGCGACGGAGUCGCCCGCUUGCGACAACACCCGGCAACCCCCGACUUCCAUCACUGGUCUCCAUAGUAACAUAGACUUAAAGGACUCGCCGCCGUCUGAGGACACUGAGACCGCCGGCUCCAGACAGUCCUUCCGCCUGGCCCUGGGAAACCCCAGUGAUUUCUUUGUGGAUGUCAUGUGACCCCCCCAAGGUGGUGAUGAUGUCCUGUCAGGUGAUGUCAGAGGGGGAGGAGCGUUUAUAGAUGAGAUCAUCAGAUGUAGAUUUAUUUAUGUUGUGACAAUCAAUAACUCUAAUGAUGAUGAUGAUGAUGAUGAUGGGGGGGUGGGUUGCGUCUGGAACAGACUGAACCGUGUCUGACAUCAUCACACUGAGUCGGUUGUUCACUGAUUGAUCACGUUUCAUCAAGACAUUAUCAAUAAAUACAGAAAUGACAUCAA